AUGGCUUUUGGAACCAACAACAACCACGAGAUGAACAUCUACUCGUUCUGUGAGAAACUUCCCCAGAAGUUCGCCAAGGACCACGCUCAGGAGCUUGAUGGCUGCGACAUCUUCGCCUACGGCGGUACUCGCAAGACGUCUGUUUCCGAUUAUGGCGGAUUCGGCAAGCUUGUUAUGAGAGAAGUAGUUCAGGGUGUCCAGGAUGUCCAGGACGUCGAGGUCAUCCAGACCGUCGUCAAGUUCAAGUGUCAUCGACCCAAUGUCAAGGACCCAGGCGAGAUCUGUGGUAGUGAGAUCAAGUGUGCAGGUGUGAACAUUCUCAACCAUGACCUGAAGAUCCAUGGUCCCAACAGUGCCUACACCCGCGACAACACCGCAGUCAAAGGUGUCACCUAUGAUUGCCAGGAAUGUACCGGAAAGUAUAGCACUGAGCACAGCUUAAUCCAGCACAUUCGUGCUGCACACCUUAGACGCAACGUCAUUGGCGAAGAGAAGGAGUAUUAG